AUGUUUGAUACGGUUGGUGUAUGUGAAAGUUCAGAGGGAACAAUACCAACAAAAAUCGCACUUGAAAAAUUUGAUAAAUUAUUAAAAUCACUUUAUGAUGGUAUUCAUCUUCUGUUGUUCUGCAUUCGAAUUGGGCGUCUAACACAAACAACAAAGAUCAAUUAUAAACUAUUUGUUAAUGAACUAUGUGAUAAUAAAGUGCCUUGUAUUUUACUUAUAACACAUUGCGAAUCCGAAGAUCAAAUGGGCUUAUGGUGGGAUAAAAAUAAAAAUAUAGUUAAAAAGCAAUUGAAAUAUGAUGUAAGAGAUGGUAUAUCGGUAACUACAAAAAAAAGUGGUAAACACGCAUGUCUAGAAGAGUAUGAGCUAUCAAGAAUAAAUCUGCUUAAGGCUAUAUCCGAGUAUGCACUGCCAAAACCUUGGGAUCCAAAUACAAUGAUAAGAAACUUUUAUGGGUUUUGCAAAAAAGUAUGGUGUCAUGCGAGUUCUCAUGUAUCGACACAUGAUCCAUUCCAACAAUAUUUAGAAGAACCACGAACUGAAGAGGUUAUAAAACGGCGGAAUCCACCAGUACAACGGGCGCCGCCUAUACGAACAACUAGUGAAACUGCGACAUAUAUUGGCGCACAAGAAAACACAUUUCAAAGACAUUUUUGUAAGCCGAACAUUGUUAUUUUGGUUGAUGCCUAUACAUGUUCGAAAGAGUGUUUUUUAGUUGGCUUGUUCGAGAAUAUAAUAAAUGAAUUAAAUACUGAGUAUCCUGGUCUGCGCUCUUCUUCUAGUAUCCAGAGUAUGAAUUCCGUCAUGGAACUCUUUGAUUUAAACAGCACUCAAGUCUUUGAUUUAGAUACCGGCAAUGUAGGUGCUGUAACAUAUAUCGGUAUUUAUUAUAAAGAGAUUCAUAAUAAUGAAGAAUGCACAGAAGCGAUUCAAAUGAUGCGUAAAUUCGUUGAAACCUUCACUGAUCGUUUUGGUUCUGGUAAAAAAUUGGUUAUUACAACAAAUCCUUAUUCUUCUUCAUCUGAUCUAUUGAAAGAUUAUAAUGACUCGCUAGUGUCACCUAAUGUAGAUAUCUUGCGACUAGAUUUCGGAGCAACAUCUUUCAAUGGUCAACACAGCAACAUGGACGAAUCGAACGUGAACGAAAUGUACACAGUCCUAAAGUCAUAUGUAAUAUCAUUGCUAAAACCAUAG